AGGGGUUGCUCGUUGCUGACAAUGCGAGGCUCAGAGAACACUAUAAAUUCAGCCGAGGACCCGCUUCAAAGCAUCUUCUCACAUCCGAGCUCUAAAUCGGGACGCUCGCCGCGACCGACCAGCUCAUCACAGCAGUAGAUUUCUUCUUUUGGACAGAAAAUGUUGGACAAAGUCUCCCUCCUGUUCUACUCCCUUAUUGUACACACGGUGUGUUCGCCGGUGUAUCCAGCUUUAAGAUUUGAAGACAGGUCGAACCUGCGGCAACUGCUCAGUACCUCACCAGAGGAGACCGGCAUGGUGCAGGAUGGAGGGAUCUAUGAGGACAAAGAGUCCGGUGUGGAUUCCACUGGGAAACGGACUGAUAGGCACGCAGAUGCAGUAUUCACCAACACCUAUAGGAAGGUGCUGGGCCAGAUUUCUGCAAGGAGGUUGCUGGAUUCUAUCAUGGGCCAAAGAUUGGGGGAUGAUAAUGUCUUAGCCAAGAGACAUUCUGAUGACAUCUUUACAGAUAACUAUGCUCGAUACCAGAGACAGAUGGCAAUUAGAAACUACUUGGCUGCAAUUCUGGGUAAUCAAAGCAGACUUGAAAAUAUAAAUAUGCAGCAGCUCCCUGAGAUAAUUUCUGCCCCUCUGGAAGCAGAUUAUGGCACCAUCCCCACUUACGUUAAUUAAUGAAAUGAUGGAAGAAGUGAUAAAUCUCCACCCUAAUGGUUCGUGUGUUUUACUUCGGAGAGAAAUCCUUCAUGAAAUUAUUUUUGACGCAUAAUAUUGUACACUAAAUUUAUCGAUAGAUUUGGCAGGAAACAUUAUUUUGGUGCUGGAAUUUCUGAUAUUAUGUUAAUGUUAUAUGUGCGUGAGUAGUAAAGUCUUAUUCCUUUUCACUUGCAUUUGUGCUUAAUGCGAUUCUGCCACUUACAUUCAUACAGACCAGGUUACUGCCAUCACUUCUAUAUUAUUCUUCAUGGCUUUCAUCUUCAUUGUUGGAAAUCAUGACUAUUUAAUUUGUGAUAAAAGUAGCGUGUUCUUAUACUUUAACAUCAUGCACAUAAUCCAAAACAAUACUUGAAAGUCGUAUUUAAUAAUAUUUAAAUACCAAAUAUUGAAGGAGGCUAGCUCUCCUCAGAAAAAUGGUGUGAGACUAUACGCGUUGUAUCAAUUGUGGAGGGUCACCUAUUGAGAUUCAUUCCAACCCUGCAAUAUUGAGAAAUACUCCAUUGCAAUCUGAAAUGCCAACGACGUCUUCACCAAAUACUUAAUAUGGUGACACAAUUGUAACCCAGGAUUAAUGUUACAUGAGCACUAUCAGCUUUCUCCUCCAGUGGACAGUUUACAUGUUCAACAAAUUGGCCAUCAUAUUUACCCUGGAAUUAAUUUGUUUCAAAUAAUAAUGCAAAUAUGUACAUGCUUAAAUGUAACUCUUGCAAAUGCUAUUGAUGAUUUACACCCAAAUAUAUAAUAGUUUUAAUUGUUGCAGUUUCGUUUGUAAUUAAUCACACCCUGCCAGAAGGAAAAUCUAUACGAUUGUGUGAUGAAAUAUGUAUUUGAAAAUAUAUAGUCAUUGUUUUAUCAUUGACCAGCAUGUCUGAAAUUACAAAUAUAGGACAUCCAUUUACAAAUUGA